AGAAAGUUUCCUUCUGUCUCUCUAUCUGAUCCUCCAAGAACUUGCUCAUUACCCACAGGGUCAUAGAGAGAGAGAGAGAGAGAGAGAGAGAGAGAGAGAGAGAGAGAGAAAAGGAGAGAGAUGGGAAGAGCACCAUGCUGUGACAAGGCAAAUGUGAAGAAAGGGCCAUGGUCUCCUGAAGAGGACUCUAAGCUCAAAGAGUACAUUGAGAAGUAUGGCACUGGCGGUAAUUGGAUUGCCCUCCCACAGAAAGCUGGUCUCAAGAGAUGUGGGAAGAGCUGUAGGCUUAGAUGGCUAAACUAUCUGAGGCCAAACAUUAAGCAUGGUGAGUUCUCAGAUGAGGAGGACCGGAUCAUCGUCAGCCUCUUCGCCACCAUUGGAAGCAGAUGGUCAAUAAUAGCUGCUCAGCUACCAGGCAGGACAGACAAUGAUAUCAAGAACUACUGGAACACCAAGCUUAAGAAGAAGCUCAUGGGCAUGAUUCCACCAUCCCAGAGAAAGCUCAUGAUCCCUCCAUUUUCAUCCUCAACUCCUAACAAUUACCCAAUUAGCCCAUCGUCUCAAUUAUCAUCACUGCCCUCCUCACUGUACAGAGAGUGCACCACAUCUUUUUAUAACCCCACAAGCAACAACAGGCCAUCAAUCACAGGCCUUGAGUUCUCAUCAUCUCUCCCCUCUAGCACUACUCUCUUUACUGAUUCCUCAUCACUGUUUCAAGCCCAAGAGGGUGGUUUUUUGUGUCCCAUCCAGUAUGAUUCUUUAGCUAAAGACAUCAACAACAACAACAUGCUCGUGUUCGGAAGUAGUGAGAGAAGUGAUUGCAGCUAUGGGAGAGAGAUGGGGGUCAAGCAAGAAGAGAUGGACUUUCAAAGAUAUAUACCUAAUGGGUUUGAGGGAAACAACAAUGUACAGAGCGUUGGGUCUAGUUACAGCAACAGUGGGAGCUGUGACAAUGCCAACCAUUUAAGUGGGUGCUUUGGGGAAAAUGAUAACACCGUGUUGGACUAUGAUCUUGAGGAUGUCAAGAGACUGAUUAGUAGUAACAGCAGCAGCAACAGCUUAUUAUUCACUGAUGACAGCAACAAAACAGAAGAUCAGAGAGCCUUGUACUAUUUCUGAUUCGUGUAAAUCAAAUUAUCUGAACCUCUGAGUCUGACCGAUGAAUAUGUGUCAAGUCAAGGGAGAUUUGAUGGGGUAAGGUUUAGGGAAAGGGAGAUUCAGCUCAGAGAUUGAGACUUCAGUUCCUGGGAGUCUGUGUGUUCUUUCUUUUUGUGAUGAAAUAUGAGACAUUUCUUUCUUUGACAGUACAAAA